AACUGGAUUUUCCAGACGAUUGUCUGCUUUAGAAACCUGUAUUCAGUGGCGUUCCCCCAUCUUAUUUACUACUUUGUGUUUUGAUUCACUGAAGUAAAACUUUCCAGUAUAUGUGAAGUUCCUUAUGUUUAGUGCAGCUGUUUCUUGUGUCCGUUCAGUUUCCCUCGAUCAGCGAACGAAAGCACAUACGAGUAUAAGCUUCAGGAUUCAGUUAAAGAUGUGCAUCAAUUGGCAUCCAAUAUUUAUUUUGGCUUGUUUAAGUCAGUUGGGCGCAGCCCAAGAACCUUUAAUUUUCGAAACAUCUCGUAACCCAUGGAAUAAUGCCGCAGCAACGACGGCAAUACCAAUUUCGCCCACCAGCACAACAAACUUAGUAUUGGUUAACAAUGUAAGAAUACCAGGAGGCCUUACACCAUUCGUACCCGCACCGGCCCCAACCCAGGAAUUUCUGAACUGCUUUGGUAACUGUCCCACCACAUCGCAAUACAAUCCCAUUUGCGGCAGCAAUAUGCAGCUUUAUAUGAACGAGGAAAAAUUUAAUUGUGCCCGUUUCUGUGGAGCUGACAUUCAAAUAGUUCGAAGAGGGUCUUGUGAGGGUCUUUUUUCGAUGACGCGAGGUUGAUAUGCUUCAACAACAGCAAACUAAAGUAAUAGAUUAAUUUACUCCAACUAACAUAUUUUCAGUUUAAAUAUUAUUAUGGCACAGAGAUAAGACGCCAAGUAGUACAUAACGACGCAAAAAUAAUAUAAAUAAAAUAAAUAAAUACUAAUGCAAAACAAUCAAGAUAACCUGGCUUGACGCACUUGUAGACAAUUUCGAAAUGGAUUCCCAAGACAGUUCCGUUCCGAAUUUCAGAGAGAAUACUUAUAAAUAUGGAGGCGAUUUAUCAAUUGGUCGUAAUCUUAGUACUCGUUUUCUACUCAGCUAUUAUUUUUGGGCCUCUGCAGUUCCAGUACACGGUUUUAGCUGACCCUGUUUUUCGUCGCCCAAAUGCCUUAGCCAUCGCGCCCGCCCGCACCUAUACCGGUGGAUACAACCA